ACCAUACAACUGUGAAGACAUUCUUAAGUUGUUUUUCUCUCUUCCUUCUAGCACUAUCACAUUAUCCAAAAUAAGUCUUUUUAAUGGAAAAUGGAAAUAUAAGUUACACCUUCAGAAAUCAACAGAUGACACUGUUAAACAUAUAUCAACAUCUCAUUGUUGAUUAAUGUUCCUGCUUCUAUUCCUCCUCAAACGCUGUGGAAGGGGCAGGUAAUGUGAUUGAAGGCGGCUCUUGUUUCAAGUAUCUGUAGUUGCUUUGCUUGUUCUUUGGUUUUGCUCUCAGCUUAACAGAUGUACUUCACUGAGAUGAUUUAACAGCUUGGUUUCCUAGAAAAGAUGUGGCUUCAUACAAACAAAAUAAUAAUAUUGCUUCUUCUCUGCCAGGCUUCAUCAUCAGUCAAAAAUUCACUGACGUUUUUUGCCAUUAUAUCAACUGGGAUCAAAAAUCUUCCAAACCUGUAUACAACAGUAAUUGACGACAUCCAAGUGGAUUACUAUGACAGCAAUGGAAUUAGAAAACAAAGCUCAAAUCUCUGGAACAACAUAUCAGAUUCCAAUCAGUCGACGAUAUUCUCUAAAGAAACAUUCAACUCUCUGGAAAACCUUACAAUAUCCUACUUUAAUAAGACAGCAAAUCUAAACCGAACUGAAGCUGUUCAUGUUUUACAGUGUAUGAGCGGCUGUGAAAUGGAUGAAAAGUCUGCUGAAGUUGUCACUUUUCAGAAGUGUGGCUACAAUGGAGAAGAUUUUAUGAAACUAGACUUCAAAAAUCUGACUUGGACUGCUCAGCAUACUGUGGCUGAAAACUUUACACUGGAAUUGAAUUUAGACCAGCAGAGAUUAAACAACACAAAGGUGUUUCUGUCACUGACUUGCCCUAAGGUGCUAAACGAGUUUGUGAUUCGCAGCGCUCUGCAGAGAGAAGACCUCACUUCUGUUGUUCUCCUCCAGAAGACCCCUUCCUCUCUUGUCAACUGUUUUGCCACAGGUUUCUACCCAAACGCAGCUCGGAUGUUCUGGAUGAGAGAUGGAAUGGAGAUUCAAAAUGAUAAGGAGCCCAGUGAGAUCCUCCCAAACAACGAUAACACUUACCAGAUGAGUGUUUACCUGAAUGUUUCAUCAAUCGCAUCUGAAGACUGGAAGAGAUAUGACUGUGUGUUUAGGCUUGGUAAUAAAACCAAACUAACCAGACUGAAAAAGGAAAUUACUGAGGAUGCUUCAGAUCCAGAGCCUCCAUCCUCUUCCUCCAAGUUUCCUGCUGAUUUGGCCACUGGACUUGUUGUCGGAUUGAUUUUGCUGUGUUUCUGCAUAACUGGACUCUUCCUUUGGAAAAAUUCUCUAAACGCCUCACAUUUCAAUGACAGACCUUCAUAUCCCAACUAUCCAACCACCAUACAAAAUUGUCAACAUCAUUUGGAUUUAGAGUAAGUUUGUGAUCAAAGUCUGUUUUUUGAGUGGGAUCAGAAGAACGGAUACAGCGCUGGAAUUGUGAAUAAUGUUAUUUAACCAACACUGCCUGCGAUUCCUUAAAAAUAUUAUUGUGUGACGUCUCUUUCAGUGAAAAGUUAAACAGGCAGCAUACUGGAAAAUAGUAAUAACUUGUUACAUAUUUUGCUUUAACUUUUUUUAAUAAACUGAUAUCAAAGCAAUCUUUUAAUGAAUGAAAGAAGACAGUUUCUUCUUUACAGUAUCUUACCUGAUUCAAUAACUUGUACUCUAUGUAGCUAUGACUUUCUUGAAAUAAUUUGGUUUGUAUGGCAAUUAUGAAAUCACUAUAUUAUCGGAAAGAUAUAAUUCUCAAUUAACUUCUUCUUGUUCUAUAUUUUGAUCAAUGUUUCUGUUUAGUAUGUUAUUAAUUAAAGGGUAUAUGUUGUCAUCAUAUA